CUAAACCAUUGGGUUAACCCUUGCGAUAUCUCUAUUGUGCCAUUGGCCGUUUUCCCCUUUUAGUUGAUUCCCGGUGUUGACGAGGCUGUGACUGGACCGAGGUGUUUUUAACGAGGGACGGGAAAGGUCGAGGUCGAGGUUUGAUGCCACUGGAACUAUCGUGAAAGGAAAAAAAAGGAUCUCCCAGACGAACGAAUCAAAUACAAGUGUUCAAGAUGCCACACGCAGACGCAACAAACUUUUCCACCUCGUCGAGCAAAAAGGAAGCCUACGACCAACUUUUGGGGUCGUUGGGAUCUCUACUGGAAGGUCAGCGGAACUGGGUGGCCAACACCGCCAACGCGGCGUCCCUGUUGUGGCACCUGUACCACUCCCUCCCGGCGCCGUCGUCGUCGGUGAACUGGAGCGGCUUCUACGUCUUGGACCCGACCGAUCCGGAAAAACAGCUCAUCCUCGGGCCCUUCAUGGGCAAGGUCGCGUGCCAGACGAUAAGGAUCGGCAAGGGCGUGUGCGGUGCCGCCGCCCAGGGACGAGGGAGGACGGUGUUGGUCAAGGACGUCGAGGAAUUCCCCGGCCACAUCGCCUGCGACGGUGACAGUAGAAGUGAAAUCGUGGUGCCGGUCAGGGAUGGUGGUGGUGGUGGUGAUGGCAAGGUUGUUGGUGUGAUUGAUAUCGACUGUACCGAAGUAGACGGAUUCGACAUCCAAGACCAGAUAGGUCUGGAGAACAUCGCCGAACUGCUGGGGAAAUCGUGCGACUGGUGAGAGUCUUUCUCAGAAACAUAAAACGUGUAAUGGCG